AUGACGGAUUCCGCCGUUGCGAAAACCGAGGAGCCCCAUAAAAUUCGAAACACGCUUAGACUUCAACCUAUUCGAUACCUAAAUAUUUUCUUCAGUAUCAUUCUGCCGAUUUAUGGGGCCGGAAUUUUGCUGAUAACACUCGGCGUCAGGUACGAAUUCUCCGGAUAUCUGGUCUACCUUCACUACUAUCUGGAGACACCGAUUUUGGUCCUGUUUCUAGGCUCCGUACUGUUAAUCGCUAUCGGAUGCCUCGGUAUUAUUUCAUCCGCGCAAAGUAUCUACCAAGGAAUUGUGACGUUUGGCGUUCUGCUCUUCGGCUUGUUAAUGAUAAUGUUGACCAUGCUCGCCAUAGCUUUCGCUACUCUAAGCUCAGCGCGAAAAUCCAUUGAAGACAUCCUCGAAGAUCACAUGGCGAAUUACACCACUUACAGCUCUGACGUUGACUACCUUCAAGCGAAUCUGAAUUGCUGCGGAUUUGACGAUUUUACGGAAUGGAAUUACACUUUGGGAUACAUUCCUGGUUCGUGCUGCGACUCUGAUACCGUCUGCGAAUUCGCCGAUGUCAAAAGCCUCGAUUUAGAAGGCUGCUAUGACGCUCUAGAAGAUCUGGUUACAUGUACGAUUAACUUCUUUAUGCUGGUUCUUGGAAUACUCGCUUUAAUCGAGGUGAUCACAAUCGCUCUGACGUAUUUCUUAGCACGAGCAAUCGGCGAUCGUCGUCGAAGGGUCUUGCCGUCCGAAGAACCGGCCGCGAGUGAAACAUUGGAGGUGGUAAACAACCCCUUGGCCGUGGGGAGAACCCUCCCCAGAGUAAAACCGAUCUCAACAAAUAUUCGUACCGGCAGUCCAAAUCCGGAGAAAAGAUUUAACCAGCAAGUCGGUCAACGCCCUUUCAUAGAAAACUACCCCCGGCUUCCAUCUCACAAAAACACCGGUUUUUAUGCCAGGACAAUCGUUCCUUCGGCUCCGCCGCAGCAUAUUGUAGAACGACAGAAUCCAAAAAUUUUUUGAGGGGGGAUUCAUUUCGCGUUGAUAAUCUGCUCGGACAUUUUCCAGAGAGGGAAUGAAUGCUAAAAAUUUCGUGAAUUUAACAGAGGGGUAAAUUUUUUUGAAACUUUAUUGUUCGUUAUAAAGUUUGCAAGACAAUGUUGUAUGUGAAUUUUAAAAAUAGCCAGUGCACCUUUGUGAAAGUCGAGACAACUUUUUGUUCGUCGCUUUUAUACGUGUGUAUUUAAGCACGCGAUGAUAGAUAAGAAUAUAACAUGUUUUCAGGCGUUAUCUAGGUCAGCAGAGUGUUAAAUCAAGUAAUUUUAUUUUUUAUUUUGUAACAUUACCGCACGUCGAUGUAUUUACUAAGUUUUCCCAAUUUUCUUACGCUGUAAUAAUUAAAAUUUGAUUGAAAUAUUCACCCGAGUAGAUUCCGACUUCUCGGUCAUUUUCAUUUUUCCAGACAAUGCGAAAAUUUCACGAACGUUGAUUAAUUAUCGAGCGUGGUGAAUCACGAUAUUAACCACUCGCGUUACUCAUAAGUCAAUUAUACAACUCACCGAUAUUCUUCAUUGAUAAUCGUGUCUAAAAUAAUAUUUACAAAAUAAGAUUCUGACGGUAGGUGUACAGUUGACUGUCAUUAACGUAAGAAUUCGAAAACAAUUUGCCGUCAGUUUCAUGUGAAAUUUUUCAACAAUUCACUAUACGGCAGUAAUGUAAUUUACGUCAUGAAUAAAUUAAAAGUUAUUCGCAAAAUUCGCGGGCUAGACUUUAAUACAUGCACGAAAAUAAGAAUCUGUCGGUAAAUCGGAAUAAAAAAGUUGAAAAAAAUUAUAACGUGACCAACGACAGUAACUGGAUUCCAUAUAUGUUAUACCGCGAUGCCUACGUGAUCACAGAACUGUACGUAUACAUUU